GGACAGCGAGUGGGCGGGGCUAAUGCAUCUUCAGGCGAACACAUUCUCCCACAUUCCUCGAACUCUUCGGACCAAAACACGGAAAACAUGUAGAAAAUGUCGGCGAAGUUGCUUAUCUCCACACUACAAAUGUCGCCUUCAAGGGAGCUGUCUUCGUAGAAGCGGGCGACGGCAGUGGCUGUGUCCGCCACAGAGUGACAUAACAUCGGCUAGGGAGCCCGAGGAGGGUCGGGGAUUCUGCAAGUUAUGGAUUCCCGUCUUCCAUGUUUGAUUGUUUUCAUUCUGACUGGCCUUACCCCAUCAUGCCUUGGAGAUGCCAAUGGCAUCCGUCGUCAUGACUACUGCGUCCUUGGAGCUGGACCUGCAGGGCUGCAGAUGGGGUACUUCCUCUCCAAGGCUAAACGAGACUACAUUAUCUUGGAGAGGAACUCUGGACCAGGCAGCUUCUUUCACAAAUAUCCCAGACACAGGAAGCUCAUCAGCAUCAAUAAGAUCCACACCGGACGGCAGAACAGGGAGUUCAACCUCCGCCAUGAUUGGAACUCCUUGCUGAGCGACAAGCCGGAUCUCCUGUUCCGGCGAGUGAGCCGGGAAUUUUACCCGCCGGCUGAUGCCUUUCCGCUCUACCUGGCCAUGUUUGAGAGGGAGCUGGGACUGAGGGUCACAUACGGCGUGGAUAUCGGAAGGAUCAGGGCCGUAACGUCGUCGACGAGUAGGAGUUACGUGCUUACCGACCAACUUGGAAAGGACUACACUUGCGGCGUUCUUCUGGUGGCGACCGGUCUUUGGGUUCCUCAGGAAGCAGAGUUUGUGGGUUCUGACUUGGUUGAGGGCUAUGAAUCCAUCUCCAUCGACCCAGAGGACUACACAGACCAGGCGGUGUUGAUUCUGGGCAAAGGGAACUCUGCUUUUGAGACAGCGCAGAGCAUCAUGGGGAAAGCGAGCCGGGUCCACAUGGUCAGUCGCAGUCCUGUUCGCCUGGCCUGGCAAACUCAUUACGUUGGAGAUCUCAGGGCUGUGAAUAACGAGCUGAUAGACACCUAUCAGCUGAAGUCCCUUGAUGGCUUGGUAGAAGCCAGCCUUGAGCGAAUAGUGAUCGUCCAACAAAAGGACCAAGGCAGGAAGAAGUCCAGCACAAAAGCUGGCAAAGAGGAGAAGGGACGAUUGUAUGUGACCAUAAAUAAGUAUGUCCAACGGCAGUCCGAGAAGAACAGCUCGGAUGUGACAGCGGAGGAGCUGCUUGGACAUCACAUCGACAACUUCUCUCUGCGCAAGCCCUAUGACCGUGUGAUUCGAUGCCUUGGCUUCCGAUUCAACUUCAGCGUAUUUGACAGUUCUAGCUGCCCACCUAAGAGUGAGAAUGCAAGAGGGAGGUUGCCAAGGGUAAACGCCUGGUACGAAGGUUCUGACACCCCUGGUUUGUUUGUAAUUGGAGCUGCCGCUCACUCCAGAGACUACCGCUGGUCAGCUGGUGGUUUUGUCCAUGGAUUUCGCUACACAGUGCGAGCUGUACAUCGUGUGCUAGAACAUCGUUACCAUGGAGCACCGUGGACAUCAACUCAGCUGUUGACAACGCAGCUGCUGUCUGCAGUACUGAAGCGGGUGGGCGAAGCCUCCGGGCCCUACCAGAUGUUCGAGAUGCUUGGUGACGUGAUAUUGUUGAGAGGAUCUCACUGCCAAUAUGUGGAGGAAUUCCCACUUCAGGCCUUGCCUCAGUUCUCUUCACUCUCGGGCCACGAGGUGUCCGGACAUGGACUGUUGGUUCUAGUGAUGCAGUACGGGAAGAAGAAGAUCGACUAUCUGGGAGGAGGCCGGGCCGUAACCGAUUGGACCAAAGCUUGGAAAUCCAACUUUUUGCACCCAGUUUUGUACUACUACGACACGCUUCCUACUGAGGAAGAGAUGAAGCGUCGUCCCCACGGGUGGCCUUUGCCAAGGCCGAAGGCAAUUCAUCACAUGGUUGAGGACUUCCUCACUGAGUGGGAUGGUCCCAUAUCUCACAUUCAGCCUUUGCGGCGAUUCCUAGAACACUGUGUCCACACUGACCUCAGAGCCUUCUAUGCAGAAUCAUGUUUCCGCUUGUCCCUCACACACCGGAAGCCGCCGCUGUUUUGUCGCCAAGGAUACUUGAAGCAGCAAGGUAUGGUUGAUAGCAAACUGCAGCACUUUCCUCCCACUACGCCUGGAGAGCAGCGUACGGACACAGCUGGAGCUGACGCUGCGUUCCCAAACUACCUGGCACAAGCCGGAGCCGCCAUGUCGUCAGGAAUAAAACUUGACUUAUGAUUGUGUUUAGUACAACAGUGUUUAUACGUGUGACACCAUCUAGGUCUCUAUACCUCCAGCACGUAGAAAUCCAGACAAAUCAUUAAGAUCACUGGUUGCUCACCAACUGAUCCUUCAUUUUGUCGCCAAAGCUUUAGAUGUUAGCCACUGGAUCUGCCAAAGAAUCAAUGAUUGCCCUCGCUUUAGUUUUGUAUUUGUUGCACAGUGGGGCAAUGCAAUAGAGUAUUGUGAAAUAUGGCUGAAAACAGCAAAGAAGCUAAAGAAGAGCUUUAUCAUGUUACCGAGCGAGUAUACAGAAUGGUCCUGUAUUUAGAAGCAAAGGUACAGUAAGUCUGAGUUCCGUUGUGCCUCUCACAUUUAAGGCGUGAUUAAAGAAUACACUACCGAA